UCCAGUCUGAGCCGGCCACGGCCGUGCCAUAAAAUCCGCCAUGUGCAGUAAACGGGCGAAACCCUACAGGAACUUUGUUGUCUUUUGGAUCCUGGGUCUUCUGAACAACUUCCUAUGGGUCGUCAUGAAUGCCGGUGCCGGCAGUAUCAAUGAGGCAGGAAUCGCCCUAGUCUACCUGGUGAAUGUGGUCCCGUCGUUGACCAUGAAACUCACCGGGCCCUAUUGGUUUCACUACGUGAGUUACAGGUGUCGAAUGCACGUCAUGGCCUUCCUCAUGGUUUGCUGCCUUUGCAUUGUUGCUUGGGGACGUGGGAACCACAUCAAACUGCUGGGCGUGGCGUGUUGUUCAGUGGCCGCUGGCAUGGGCGAAGCCUCGAUCCUGGCCAUGACCAGCUUCUACGAUGCCCAGAGCUGCUUAGCAGCGUGGUCCUCUGGCACUGGCUUCGCGGGCAUCGCAGGAUAUCUUUGGUCCUUAACCUUUGAUGCCAUCGACACCUGCUUCCAGGUCCAGUUGAUGGUUGCGCUGUGGAUUCCAGCGGCUUGGCUGCUCACCUUCUAUGGUUUGUUGGGCAUUCCUUGGAUUGACAAGGAGCGAGUGACUUUGGAUCAGCUCGAGGAAUCUGAGGCAGAGGAGCUUUCACAUGUGGAGUCCGAGACCUCGGUCAACAUGUCGGAGACCUCUAGCAGUUGUCAUAGUGCCUCAGAGGUGGCAACCGGUCGGCUGACCAGCAAGGAACGUUUCUUCUUCAUCUUGAGUCUCUGGCCUUAUACGGUCCCAUUGCUCUUCGUUUAUGUCUCGGAGUAUGCGAUCCAAAGCGGCUUGUGGGCAGCCAUGGGCUUCCCAGUCACCGAUCCCAUCUCCCGCAGAAAUUGGCACCUGGAUGCAUGUUGA